UUUUCCGCCGGUGAAUUAUAACUACUUACCUACAUAAGCCAACUCCAAUACUCUAUUUAGUCGUGCUGUAUAUUCAAAGAAUAAAUUGCAAUGUCAAAGAGAAGGAAAUUACCGUUUAAGUUACUGUCAGCUCGCAGUCAACGUAGAAGGAUGUAUGAUACUGAUGAUGAGGAUGAUAGUACCAAUUUAAGCAAUGCAGAUAAAGAUAUUGAAACAGUCAGCUUAUCUGAUGAUCAGAAGGCCAUUCACAGCGAAUCUGUAACACGAUCCAUGCAUAAUCAAAGUGCAUUCGAUUCUAACCUCGAUUCAAACUUUGAAACAUCCCAAACUAGUUCCAAUCUUCUUGCUACGUCUGUUUCAUCAAGUUCACCAUCUUCAAAUAUGUUAAAGCUUUCAUCUACAGAUUCAGAGAGCAGUACGGCUAGUCUGUUUGAUGUAGAAUCGAAUACUAAUCCUAAGACCGAAUUAGAAGAUAUUACAAUUUUUUUACAAGAGUGGGCGUUGAAUACCAAUUGUACAACAUCUGCACUAUCUUCUUUACUUGUGGGAUUAAAAAAACAUUCUUGUUUUUCUCGUCUCCCAACUGAUGGAAGAACUCUCUUAAAAGUGAAACGGUUGUUAUCAUCUAAGCCUGUUGAUCCGGGACAAUAUGUGCAUAUUGGCCUAAAGCACCAAUUAAAAGUAAUUUUUGAGCCUUUGACAUCGUUAUCCAUCACUACAAUAGAUUUAUUAAUAAAUAUUGACGGGUUGCCACUUUUUAAAAGUUCCCCCGGGCAACUAAUUCCCAUCUUAUUUUCUAUUCCAACAAUAGUUCAAUUGAAAGGUCAAGUUUUUCCCUUGGGUUUUUAUUAUGGGUUACAAAAACCUAAGAGUAUGUCAGCGUUUUUGAAUGACUUUGUUACUGAAGCUGUAGAUUUAAUCCAAAAUGGUUGUUGAAUAUGACAAAUGUUAUUGUAAGAAUAAUUGGUUUUGUGUGUGAUGCUCCAGCUAAAAGUGAUGUGUUAGGCGUUAAAGGACACAGUGGUUAUUCUUCUUGUACACGUUGUACUGUAGUUGGAGAAACGAGAAACCACAGAAGAAUUUUUUUAGAAACUAAUUGUGCUGCUAGAACUAACAGUGACUUUAUUAAUUGGAUUGAUCCAUCAUACAGAUUACAUGACACUUCUUUAGUUAAAAUACCAAAUUUAGAUUUUGUAAAUGGUUUUGUCUUAGACUAUAUGCAUUUGGUAUGUCUGGGGGUAAUGCGAACUUUAAUUGUGACAUGGUAUUCUGGAGAUUUACCUCACAGGCUUUCAUUUGAAAAUAUUUCAACAAUUUCUAAUAAUUUAUUACAAUUGGUUCAAAAUACACCAACUGAUUUUGUGAGGAAACCUAGAGAAAUAAAAUAUGUUCUUAGAUGGAAAGCCACAGAAUUUCGAAUGUUUCUAUUGUAUUUCGGCCCUGUUGUUUUAAAAGGCGUUCUAGAUCCUGAAAAAUAUAACAAUUUCAUUACCUUACAUGUGGCCAUUUCAAUUUUGUGCAAUACAUUUAGAUGCAAAGAUAAAGAUCAGAGACAGUAUGCUAGGUGCUUACUAAUUAAUUUUAUUAAAAAUGUGCAAACUUUAUAUAGUCCAGAUUUGAUGACUCAUAACUUUCAUGGACUUAUUCAUUUGACUGAUGAUGCUGAUUACUUUAUAGGCAAAAUCCCUGAUUUUUCUUUAGACAGUAUAUCUGCUUUUCCAUUCGAGAAUUAUAUGCAGCAAAUUAAGAGAAUGGUAAGGGCGAAGAACGCACCUUUGGAACAGAUUAUAAAUAGGAUUAGUGAAAAAUUUUGUUAUGGUUCGCCUAUAGAUCCUAUUCAUAAUACGGAUACACCAAAAAUGUUAAUUUCUCAUCAAAGUGGUCCACUUUUGCCCAAUUGUGGAAAUCCACAAUACAAAAAAAUUUCUUUCCGUUCCUUUACUCUUUCUACUACAGCUCCCAAUAAUUGCUGUAGAUUAGUAAACGGUGACUAUCAGCAAUUCAUUUGUAAUUUUAGGGCGUAA